AGUAAAAGAGCGAACGCGUUGCGCUGAGAGCUGUUUUCGCGAAUGUCACAAAAAGAAAAGUCGUGAAAAAACUAAUGGUUUUUGUGAAAUAAACUAUAUUUGUUGUCGAUUAUACUGUUCACUGUGCUUACACUCGGAUGGAAUCUCAUUGCUGUAAGCCUGACGCCGUGGUGUCUGUAAACAGAUUGCGCGUCGUCAUUAGACCUAUACGAAACUAAUGGAAUAAAUUAAAUAUAAGCUCAACUUAAUAUAAGCGAAAGUAUGGCGAGACAUAUUGUCACAGUGUGUAUGUUCUGUUUGCUGUGCGCCGCGCACACUUGCGGCUCGCAUAUAGACAUACAGACAGAUGGCGUGCUGACUUACGAUCCCAAUAUUGAUGUAGAUCAUACUAAUUUAAUAGAGGAGAAAAGAAAGUUGGAAUCAAAAGCGAGGUACCAUCAGAAAUUGCUGAAAAUAAGACAGAAAGACAGAACACGAAGGGACGUGAAGAAACCUAACGCGUACUAUGUGGAGCAAAUAUUCCGGUUGUAUGGGGAUGACAGCAGUAUGACAAUGAAUUUGACCGGGUUUAAUAAAAUGCUAGAUAAGUUAGAUCUAGGGAAACUGAAAGAGGCUAGAGCGGAGAAGAAUGAGAAAAUUACGCAUAUUGGCCAGACGGCGACUGACACGGAGAUUGUUAAUUGCGUAGGCAGCGAAGAACUAAUAACCACAGUGAACACAAGGUUAAAACCACACGACGACCACCACGAGGAGCACGAAUCAGAGACAACACUGUCACAGGACACACUCAAAGACGUCUGUCCCAUUCUCCUAUACCACAAGCUUGCCGACAACGUCCUAGAACUAAACAAUUGUAUAGUCAAAAACAAUUUGAACAACAAACAUAGAAUCGUCACAGAUUUAGAAUUAUCUGAUGGGAAAAACAUGUAUGCGGUAUGGCUUUAUUCUUCGCUAAGCAUAGCCGCUAUAAGCGCUUGUGGAUUACUAGGUGUAGCUGUGAUUCCGAUCAUGCAUAAGACGUAUUACAAUCAUUUAUUGCAGUUCUUAGUUGCUCUAGCCGUAGGCACGCUGUGUGGCGAUGCAUUAUUACAUUUAAUGCCUCAUGCGAUGAGCCCAAUGGAGAAUGAAGCGACGCAUUCGCACGACGAUGGAAUGUGGAAAGGACUAGCGGCUAUGCUGGGCGUCGUAUUCUUCUAUUUCACCGAAAAAGGUCUAACAGUUGUAGUGGAAUGGAGGAAACGUAGGCAGAAGCUAGAAGAUGAUAAGUUACCGUCAAGAGUAAGGGUGCUCAAAGACGAUAACAACCCACUCGGUUGUUCUGGAUCUAAUAAGACUGCAAACUCAUCUAAUUCUCUGAUGAAAAUAUUCAAGAGAGACGAAAAGGGUGAUCCUACAACGAAAACGUGUAAACACAAAUAUUCUGAAUACCCAUAUUGUUACGAUGAAAUUGAUACAGACACCCAUGACGACCAUCAUUUAAGAGACGGACAAAUCCCACCUAGUCCUAAACCAAAGCACAAUAAUUCCGUUAGUGUGGUGUCUUCUAAUGCUUUAAAUGCUGAAGGUAAAGAGGAGCCGACAGCGAAAGAUUGGUUGUUAAAAGGCGAAGCGCCAGCGGUGGUGGAAAUGAACAAUAUUAAACAUAAAGAUGACAAUGGUGCUAAGGAUCUGAAGGAUGACGAAAGCUACACUGUUAUUUUGAGGGAGCACUCCCGCGCACACCACGGCCACUCACACGCGCACGGACAUGUGCACGCGCCACCCUCGUCCAUGUCGUCCGUGGCUUGGAUGGUUAUUAUGGGCGAUGGACUUCAUAAUUUCACUGAUGGAAUGGCUAUAGGUGCUGCGUUCACAUCGAACAUUGCCGGAGGAUUCUCGACUGCUAUAGCUGUGUUGUGUCACGAGCUGCCGCAUGAAUUGGGCGACUUCGCAGUACUGCUCAAAGCGGGCAUGUCGGUGAAGCGUGCCGUGUGCUACAACGUGCUGUCGUCCGCACUGUGUCUGCUGGGCAUGGUGUGCGGCGUCCUGGCCGGAGACACGCCCUCGGCCACGCGGUGGCUGUUCGCCAUUGCGGCCGGGACUUUCUUGUACAUUGCCCUUGUGGAUAUGAUGCCAGAACUAAGCACAUCACACAGCAAAGAAGGCACUCUGUGCCAAUGCAUACUCCAACUGAUGGGCCUAGCCACGGGCAUAGGCAUAAUGCUGGUUAUAGCCAUGUACGAGCACGACUUGAAGAAUUUAUUCGGCUGAGUGUAAUAAAAAAAAGUAAUCUAAAACUUUUCCUGUCCAGUGAAAGUUAUGAGUGAACAAGACUUAGUGAAGUGAUACACAAUGUAAGGAGUGCAGUGAAAUUCAGUGAUUGUUUGUUUCAAAUUGUUGCCGUAAAAUUAUUUUGUUGAUUCAGUUUGGUUGUAGUCUAUUUGGCAUAACAGUCAAUUUACACAUAAAAUGUAUGGUAUUGUCGUAACCAUCAAUUGGUAUAUAAAGAAACAACAAGAGUAGAUGUGGCAAAAAACUUACAAUAUAAAAGUUAUAAUAUGGCAAAGUGACAUUAAAUGGUUAUUUCAAAUGUAUAUACAAAAUAUCUAGUUUUUGGUCUACAUUGUCAAUCUCAGUGUUUUGCAACAAAUUGUUUCAGCUUUUUAAUUAAUUUAUCGAUGUAUAAAAAUGCAAUAUAUAGUUUUUAAAAAUGUGUAAAAUAAAAUAAAUUGACCAAAAAAUCGAUUCGAAAUUGUGAUUCUUGCAAUGAUUGUGCUUAAUGGUGUUAUUUUUAAUACAUACCUUAUAAAAUUCAGCUUUCAGUAUUAUAAUUAUAUAGAAACAUUGAUAUCCUGCUCUUGCAAUUGUGAGACUGUAGUUGCGAGGCAAUAUGAGUGAAAGAGAUAUCUAAUUGAAUCCAAUCCUUAUUUCCUAAGCUGCAACUUGUGGUAUAGGAUCGUUUUACAGUGGUACUGCAAAAAAAAAAAACUCCGUGUUUCAGAAGGCACAUCAAUGUUUAGUAUAAACAAAUUACGCCUGGCGUAUUGUACGGAGCGUCUACGGCGUGACACACUUGGCGGGUUUUCUGAAAAUAUCUUCAAUACACAAUCAAAAUAAACAGGUGUUUCGUCAUAGGCUUUCUCUAGCUUGAUAUGUCUAUCUAAAACUGGAAUUGUUCAUAAACUUGAUGUAAUGUGACCCAUACCAUAAUUAGCAUUGCUUAGGUUUUUAUUGUAUUAAAAAUAAUGUGACAAUCAUGUACUUAGCUAACUUUUACUUAAUGUAAAGCAUUUUUUUUUUCGAAUAUGUAAGUUAAGAUGUAUAUAUUAUAUAAGAUUUGUUCUUUAAUUCUAGAGACCUUUAUGGAACGAAGCUAACCAAUAUUUUGAAGAUGUAGUUUCAUAUAUCAUGUUAUUAAUCCAAGGGAUAAUCUAGUAAUAUGUAUAAGCUGUCUUAUUUAAAAUGGUAUAAAUUAUUUUUGCUGUGCAGUUGGUCUUCAGUUUUUUUGUCAGGAAUAAUUAAUUGUGUACCUUAAAUAUUUAGAGUAAAAAAUAUUGAAUUGCUGUGUUUUUGUUGCUUAGUCUCUAAAGUUAAAGAAUAUAUUUUUAAAUCAAGAAUAUCUUGAAAUGGUUCCUUCUUAAGCUUGAGUUUGGGUGCUACUAGCAUUCUCGUAAAUAUAAUUGUCAAUAAACACAAGCGAAAUUUA